CAGGUAAUUAAGAACUAAACACUGAGCUAACCGGUUCGGUCGCCCCUCCAGAAGGAAGAAAGAGAUCCAUUUUUCCAGAUCAGACUUCUUAGGCGGCAGCGAUGGGACGCGACCGGCGGUUCCAUCUCGACCUGGACCACCCCCUCCGCAACGGCGGAUUCGCCCUCUUCGUCGCCGCCGUCCUCGUCUUCACCAUCAUCGCGGCCACCUACCAACCCGACGACCCCCUCCUCCACCCUUCCUCCUCCUCCCCCUCCUCCAAGCUCACCUCCUUCCUCACCUCCAACUCCAAUGCAACAUUCCUCGCCGACGUCUCCGUGCUCCGCACCGGUGAAGACUUCCAGAACAUCUCCUCCGCCGUCCCCGCCUCCUCCACUGCCUCUGACAUCCAUGCGGUUCCUGAUCCCGCCCCCUUCAUCCAGAUCUCUGACAUCGAGACCGCGAACACUGCGGUGUCCUCCUCCGUUGCCCCGGCCGAGUGCGACCGCGGCGCCCCCGUUGACUGCUCCGACCGAGGCCUCUUCAGCGUUAUGAUGCGCGCCGCUAUCGAGGGCUUCCCGGACAUCCACUUCUACCGCUUCAGAAGUCCGAUCGCCGUACCCGAUGCCACCGACGCCUGUGACAUGGCGUGGCGCUUCCGCCCUCGCGACGCCAACCGCCCCACCUUGUACAAGGACUACCGCCGAUUCCACCUCGUCAGAUCCGACAACUGCACCCUCACUGUCGCCAAGAUCGGUGACUACCACUCCGGCGUCAACGCACGCAAACGCCGACGCUCCAAGCGCGGAUCUGGAUCCUCCCCCAGCACCGAGGCCGUCUUCGAGCCCAAGAACCUUCCGGUGGCCCAGGAGGUAAAAGAUUCGGUGCCCGUCGUUGGAGAGGCGAUUAAUGACACCCUCCCCGUAAUAGAGUCAGAAUCCACCUUCAGCUCUGGCAAGUACCUCGUUUACCUCGGUGGCGGCGAUCGCUGCAAGAGCAUGAACCACUACCUGUGGAGCUUCCUCUGCGCGCUGGGAGAAGCCCAGUACCUAAAUCGCACGCUCGUCAUGGAUCUCAACAUUUGCCUCUCGUCGAUCUACACAGGCACGGGCAAGGACGCCGACGGCAAGGACUUCCGCUUCUACUUCGACUUCGAGCGCCUCAAGGACUCGGCUUCUGUGAUCGACCAGCGCCAGUUCUGGACAGAUUGGUCGAAAUGGGAGAAAAAGGACAAGCUUGCCCUACACUUCAUCAACGACUUCAAGGAGACGCCCAUGAGCCUCACUGGCGUGAAGGACACCCUGAUCAUGAGGAAAUUUGGAGACGUCGAGCCAGACAACUACUGGUACAGAGUCUGCGAGGGGGAGACCGAGGCCGUGAUCCAGCGCCCAUGGCACCUCCUGUGGAAGUCCCGACGGCUGAUGGAGAUUGUCUCCGCCAUCUCUUCGCGCCUGAGCUGGGACUUCGACUCCGUUCACAUUGUGCGUGGGGACAAGGCGAGGAACACUCAGCUGUGGCCGAACCUUGCAAGGGACACCUCGCCGGAUGCACUACUUGCAACGCUCGGUGACAAGAUUGACAAUGGAAGACGGUUGUACAUCGCCACCGACGAGCCUUAUACCUCCUUCUUCGACCCCCUUAAGGAUAAGUAUACCACCUAUUUCCUAGAUGACUUCAAAGAUUUGUGGAAUGGCACUAGUGAAUGGUAUCAGGAGACGAAGGAACUCAAUGGUGGAGUAGCUGUCGAAUUCGAUGGCUACAUGAGGGUGGAAGUCGAUACAGAGGUGUUCUUGAGAGGAAAGAAGCAGCUUGAGACCUUCAAUGAUCUAACCAGGGACUGCAAAGAUGGCAUCAAUACCUGCCCUGCCACUUCUUGAUGCUGAUCAUGCAGUUGCUCAAAAGGGCAUUUAGCUGCUUUAGCCUUUGCCACUUGUUUUGUUCUGCACCAUUCAUCUAGUUCACUCUUGCAGUCUUGCUUCACAUUUUUAUCUGUAGAAGUGAUAUUACUAAAUGAGGUGAAUUAUGGAGCUAGUAUUUAUGUCAUUGAUGUUAUUGAAUUAUUGGACUAUGAAACUUGUUCUUCUUCUUCU